AUGGUAAAGAAGAUGACGAUCAGACUAGUCUUUCAUUGGGUCACCAGAAUAAUUGAGAAUGUUCUAGCACCGGUGAGUACGCUUUCCGUUAUAAUAUUGAACGACGCGCGAUGGAAACCGAUUGCAGUAUAAAUCGUCUAUUGAUCAAACGCUUGGUAAAAGUCAUCAUCGCAUGGUAGCAAUCGUGUAACAUUUCGUGAAACAGUUGAAUAAGUCUGAUUUUCUCGGCCAUGUUGAGGUGAAAAUGAUUGUCUCCAGCAAGGUUGAUCGGACAAUUACUUUAAAACCUUGAGGAAAGAUGAUGGAAAUUGAAUUAAAAUUCUAUCAUAUUUAAUUACGAGAUUCAAGUGAAUAAUCAUAUAUUAAGAAACUUUCUAAUAUCGGAGUUUCCGUUGUUUUGACUGAGAAAUUUUCUUUGAAUCGCUUGAUAAUCGCGGUAAUCAUUCGCUAUUGUUGAAUAUUGUGCCAAUGUAAAAAGCGCUUCCGGUAAGGCGGUCUUAGUAACACUGCAACGCUAUUGUAAUGAAAAGAAUGCGUUUUUUUAUUGAACGCCACGGAAGGAUCUGGUCAAACAAUCUUUGAAUUGAACAUUUUUCGUCUUUAUUCACAAAUGGUGUAGGGUCAAGUCCAUUUUUCUAAAAGGGGGAGUGUGGAUGUCUCCGAAAUGUUUCUCUGAGUCCAUAUGGUGGUUCAACCGGUAACGUAGAUAAGUUUGGAAAUCUGAUCAAGACGUUUUUCUAAUGGGUUUUCCCCAGUUGAAAUAACCGGAAGGAGCCGACUAAAACUCUUUAUGCAAUUUAUCUACUCCAUACCAUAAGAAACGAAUCAGUCUAAUUUCAGCGAGUAUUAACUAAGUACUGUGAAACUCAUAAAACCGCGAACACCAGAAAAUUUUUAAAAUUUAUUGAGCUCUUAGCGGAAAGCCACUUGGGCGUGAGAAAACUUAAUCGCAAACAGCUACAGAAAUUAAUCUGUGGUUUUGAGGUUUGCUCUUUGUCCUGAACUUUACUGUGGUUUGACAGUAGACAACCGAGUCCUGUCAAAAUCAAAUCAAAGUGUCACGGUUUUACGAGUUUCUAAGUAGUACAAAUCGAAUUUCAUCGAGACGUUUUCGAAGAUCCCGACAAAAGUAGAAAGCGAUUCUGAGAAAAACAGAUCUUACUUUUGUGCUUUUGUCAGAUGCCAAAGUAACGCUAUUGAAGCGUGUGGAGUUGCCCUGCGACCGGGAAAUAUUGACACCACAAACAAUCCGCUAGAUAGUGAAGGACAGGGUCCAGUUGUAUAAAGGGCGGAUAACGCUUUCCAACGGAUAAAUCCUUAUCCGGCGGAUAAGUAAUAGCAAAACGUGUAGCGUUACCCACCGGAUAGAGUUUUCUUCAGCUGAUAAUGCUAUCCAACCUUCGAACAAGUCAUCUGGUCAUCUGGCUUCGUCAUGCGUCAGCCAGCUUGCUGCUUUUAAAAAUGUUGUGACAAAAACAAAUAACAGACAAUUUUUCGUUUGAUUUUACCUGAUCAAAGAUCUUCCGAUGAAUCGGGAGAGGUCUCUGAGACAAACCCUAAAUGCUGUGUAAUUACAAAAACUUUGCGAUCGCGGAACGUCGACUACGAAAAGACUGCGUGCAUAUAUUCACAGUCGUAAAUACAUUUUACUUACAGCACUUUUCACAUUGAGUGUCGAAAAAUCAAAACUAAAAUAAUCCCAGCGACCAAUAGGAACAAAGGUUAAUAUUUCAUCGUUUGAGAUUUCAAACGAAACAAGAUCGGGAAAAAAUGAUAAUGAUCUAACAAUCCAUUGAUUGGUAAAAAAAUCUUGAGAGGAUGGCGCAACUGUUGAGACAAAACGUCGACAAAAUGGUGGAGCUGAUACCUUACCAUUUGAUAUUUUAAAAAGAAUUACUAAGGCUGUUGAAUUCCGCUCUGUAGAAAUGAAUUCAUUUUGAUCCAAGCCAAGUUGCAGUUUGCUUGCUGAUGUUUUAAGAAAUGUAACGAAGAAGUCAAAUCUUGCAUAUUAUGCUGACACCAAAAUAACCAACUAAAUAUUUGUAUGUGUUAUUAUAAUUUUUGUUUUGUAGGUUGCCAUAACAGCGAUUGCUGUCCUUGUUUUUCUGCGCACUUUCUACAAAUACAGAGAUGGUAUUCAAUAUUAUUACCUGUAUGCUAUGUUAGGGGUAAGUGAAGUAACUCUCAAGAUCUGAAUAAUAAUUCUCUUUCCUAUUUGUCAAUCAUUUCCCUGUCUAUCAGUGUUAUAUCAAGAUAAAUCCUUGUCAUUGAUAGGACUGGGUGUUGAUUCUCACCACCUGUUCGCUGGGUAAUUUAGAGCGCUAUUCGAUGGAGCGUCGAAAAACAAAAUCAAAAUAAUAAUUUAAUAAUAAUAAUUUUAUUAUAAUAAUAUAAUAAAAUAAAUAAAUAAAUAACGGUCAAUCAGAAGAAAGGAAAAUACUUUUAAGAGCCAACCGAGUCAUGAUUGGUUUUAUCUUUGGCAUCUGAUUGGUUUAGAGAGUGGCGCGAGUUUUCUAGACCAAUCACAGAGCGAAGUAAAGCAAACCCAAUGCAAUCUCGAAUGACUUUCGAAAUUGAAUUGAAAGUGACUGGUUACAUUGAUAAGAUCUCGACUGUCAUAUUUUAAGGAAACUUUUCUUACUGGGUAAUUUAGAGCGCUAUUCGAUGGAGCGUCGAAAAACAAAAUCAAAAUAAUAAUUUAAUAAUAAUAAUUUUAUUAUAAUAAUAUAAUAAAAUAAAUAAAUAAAUAACGGUCAAUCAGAAGAAAGGAAAAUACUUUUAAGAGCCAACCGAGUCAUGAUUGGUUUUAUCUUUGGCAUCUGAUUGGUUUAGAGAGUGGCGCGAGUUUUCUAGACCAAUCACAGAGCGAAGUAAAGCAAACCCAAUGCAAUCUCGAAUGACUUUCGAAAUUGAAUUGAAAGUGACUGGUUACAUUGAUAAGAUCUCGACUGUCAUAUUUUAAGGAAACUUUUCUUACCUUUUUUUUAUCGAAUUGUUAGGACAGUUUGUGUUGGUCACGUGGUACAGCCUCGGUUCUCUACGUCGGCUGUUCCCUGAUACUCCUUCCAAUGUGUCGCAAUAUGUUGUCCUUGAUCAGGAAUUUCAAUAAGGUGAGGCUACAAGGUCAGCUUUUCUUUGUUGAGAAUCUUUAUCGCAUUUUCAAAGGACUGUACUGUACUCCGUCUAUAGAAUCAAGCGAUCAUAAGCGAUUGCGAAAAAAAAGCUAUUCUAAAAACAAUCCGCCAUGAUAACACUACCAAAAUGGUUGCGCUGUAAAACUUACUUGCUCACUAAUAAACUUCCCAAAAUGCGACUCAUAUGCGCCACGUGCUCGCUAACUAACCAAUUUAAAAAUAUCUUAGCGCGCGCUCACUGAUUGCGGUAUUUCGCUUGUCUUCCUAACAUCAUGAGAGAAUUGCCCUGAAUAAACAAUUGGUAUUUACUCUAGAGGAUAUUUUCUUUAUCAAAUGUCGAGUUCCGAGUAAAACCCCAUGAUUUUUAUAAACGCUCCAGAUAUGGCUAUCGACUAUAUUGGUUGAAACCCUUACAACGACAUCCCUUUACGAGCAGGGAUAGAUAGAUGGCAAAUUGAGAAUUAAGAAUUUCCCAACAUGUUUGACUCUCACAGAGUUCUUGAGUUAUGACUGUGAUUAAAAUGUUAGACAAUUAACUAAUAUUACACAUAUUUCACAACUUACAUAGAAUAGUAAUGCUGAGUCAUCAAAGCAAUAGUUACGAGAACUGUAAGGGUUACCUUGAAUAAGAAGCCAGCUUUGCAAUGUAUGUUUUUUAUUUGCACUUCAGACUAUAACCCGUUCGUUUGGACGCCUAUUAGACAGAAGCAUCUGGUUUCACAAGGCAUGUGCAGCUGUGAUCAUCUUGUCAGCUGGUGGGUCACUCAGAUAAGACUAUAACCCUUUUCCCUUGUCUACAUCACCUCUCGUCAAAUUUCCGAAAUACAAGUAAAAAACAAUUGCACGAUUGGCAUUUUUUUGUCUCCUGGCUGAAUUUUUAUUUUUACUUUCUCUCUCCUCAGGAAUUCAUAUCGGAGCCCACAUUUUAAAUGCCAAGAGAUUUUCUGCAAACUACAGUGAUGAAUUCAAGGAUUUAAACUUUGCCUCCUAUCCAAAUCAGGUAAACACUGAACCACAAUUGACAUUUUAACUUUGGUUUUACGAUUAAAUUUUCCUUACCGCCACUUCGUGGCAACUUAACAGGCAGUGUUUUUUGUGUGACUCAGAUUUGCCAUUUUAUUAUUUUGCCUAUCAAUAUUUAGGAUCCACUGAAAAUGUACCUUACCUCAGGUAAGAAACACGAUAUUUUUUCACGUUCGCCCUUUUAAAAUUUCGAUCUAACGUACCUCUUGAUUAACGAUCUUGGCCGAUAUUCCUUUUUUUAGUCAGUGGAACAACUGGAAUAUUGAUGACUCUCGUCUUACUCAUUAUGGUACGUCCAAUGUUGUUAUCGGAUAAUUUAUGAUGUCUAUGCAUCAUAUAUCACGAACUUCCUCUUUACGUCAUACCCUGUAUUACUAUAGCUAUCUGUUUCGCUUAUUGGAGUUUUAGGUUAAAGAAGUGUAUACUGCAUAUGGAAUUAAUAUAUUCUAAAAGCUGGGCGGGUAUGGCUCCGAAAGAGUUUUCAGUAAGUUCCUUCCUCCAAUAAUAUCUAAAUAUCUACGUUACGAAGCUAAGCGAUUUGAUGACGUGGUUCCCAGCCAUAAAUCCGAUGUUCUCCAUGAUAUGUUAUGUCUUGUGGUCAUUAAAUCUCAUAUUCAUUUGAAUUUAGUGCAAAAGCUCCCCGUCCGGAAUCCCCAAUGAGUAACUGAUUUAUUAAUUUAUUAGCCCCCCUGCUCGCUUAUCAACGCGUUUAAAGAAUAUUUCUUCGAAUUCUUUUUUAGAUCGUAACGUCUAUGGUUGCUGUGAGGUGGGUUUUACCAAUUUUAGUAAUAAUCUUUUUUUACUUUGGCCCUUUGUAGUGUUUACUUUUAGAGCUUAUGACAAUCUCAGCAUUACUCAGCUUCAAUCUCUUGUUUGUUGUUGAUCUCCAGGCGCGCCUCAUAUGAGAUCUUUUGGUAUACUCAUCAUCUCUUCAUUGUGUUCUUUUUACUUCUACUGAUCCACGGUCUCGGGUGAGUCGAUGAUGCAAUUUCCAGAUAUAGAGCGCUUUACAAUUGAGUUUCGUAAAAAAAAACAUACAAAGUAGCUACAACAGACAAACAGGAGAAAGGAAAAUACCUUUGAAAGCCUAUGAGCUCUCAAAGUAAAAACAUCUAAAUUGCCCAAAGCGCGGGAAAACGUGGAUGAUCAAGUCGUGAUUAGUUUUAGUUUGCAUCUGAUUGGUUUAGAGAGUGGUGCAAGUUUUCUGAACCAAUCACAGAGCAAAGUAAAGCAAAACCAAAGCAAUCCAGGAGUUCUUUCGAUAUUCAAUUGGAAAUUGUUCUUAGUAAACAAAAUGGAACAGUUUUUCAAUUUAAACUGUUUUUCCUGCUGGGUUAUUUUCACACGGGAUUAUACUCGAUAGACUAAACGGCUAAGUGCGCUUCAAAUCCCACUGACCGCGAUUUAUGACUCUAAAAAGGGACUUGUCUUCAAAUGUGACAAGAAGACAACUACUGAUUUCGUCACUUUAAAUGCAUAGUUACCUUGUCGCUUACUCGUGAUUUCCUUCGCUUUUUUCCAUCCCUUGGCGAUCUCUCUGAACAAUUGGGAGCUACGAAAGUAACAUAAUUCUUAACUCAGAUUAUGAUUUUUAUGAUGAUUUAGAUAUAUGAAAUUCAUAUAUUUGCACUGCGGUGAAUAAACGAAUUUAAGAGAUCCUCGCAGCUAAGAACACUACUAAACUAGUAGUUGAAAAUAGGACCUGAAAAAAAAUUCAGGCCCGUACGAAAUUUAAACCCAUGACCCUUGCGAUACCGGUGCAGCGCUGUACCAACUGAGCUAACAAGCCAACUGGGAGCUGGUCAAUAUGUUGGGUCCAAGUAAACCAUCCAAGUGAUGAAUGAUGAUUUUAGAUAUAUGAAAUUAAUAUAUUUGCACUUCAGGUCCUAUUUUCAACUACUAGUUCAGUAGUGUUCUUAGCUGCGAGGAUCUCUUAAAUUCUUUUCUUCACCGCAGUGAAGCGAACUCUUUACAAUCUAAAAUGGUAAUAAGAAGUAAAUUUUAAAAUAUUAUUUUCGGUUUCGAACAAAAAAAAAUUGUGCAUAUACAUGGUUUCUGAGGAGUGAAUCUCCGUCUUUGAUUUUUUUCCUUAUCUAGAGGAGUGAUAAAACACCAAGUGAACGUGGAUACUCACUCCCCCGGAUGUAAAAUGGCUGAAAAUAAGACCAAGAUUUCAAAUACCAGUCACGUGGUAUGGUGCUCAGAGGAGCCAGUCUUUCAAGCAGAUGAGCCGGAGGUAGAUUGUGUCGAUGAGGCAUAACGAGUUGGUUAUAAGAAAUCUUCAUAUCCAACAAGUGCAAACAGAAUAUCUGUUGUAUUGGAUUCUCCUCGUUUCGAUAUUGGUUUUGCAACUUUCUAAAAUUUACUGCUACACCCAAAAUUUUUUCCUAUCAGAACGACCGGAUGUCAAAGCUACUUCCGAAAGCCCCAACGGUGAAAUAAUCACGUGACUUGUGCAUCGCCUCACGACUGAUUGUGAAUGAACAUCCAACGAGAGGCAAAUCCCAGACAGCAGACAGACAUGAAUAAUGAACACUAACUCGAAAUACAGUAUUUUCUUCAAAGGAACGUUCUGGCGUACGAUGUACAAUAUUUCCGAGACAAGAUUUGAAGUUAUUUGAGUUCCAGUUCUUCGUCUAGCAUAAAGUUGUGCGCAGCCUAUAUAUACAAAUGUUUAGUUGUGUGGAAUCGAGCGAAAGAAGCGAUUAAGGAUGGCUUUAAAAAUAUGUUAAGAAAGAAUUUGUCGCUGUCCGUAUGCGUACAAAUUUACUGGAACGAGCAUUCCAUUAAACCUUAUUAACUUCAAAUUUAUCGAGAAGUAGGUGAAGACAUUUUCAAUUGUUUCGUUAGCUGGUAGCGAACGAAAGACGUUAUUAUGGGCGCCCCUUUGGAUAUCAUGGAUGAACUUCCUUGCAGAGCGUUGAAGUUUAUAAGCCAUUCUUAGAAGAAAGUUAUGUAGAAAAACUUAUUUAUGAUAUUUCUUAGUUAUAAGACAACUAUGCAUUCCUUGUCUUCACCUAUAUGUUUCUUUGUUUUCAAUUUCUAGGCCUGGAAAUGGUGUGUUUUUCCUCUUCUCAUUUACGUAACGGAGCGACUUACAAGAGUUUUCAGAAGCUUUCAGAAAGUGGAACUUAUUGAUGUAAAGAAUUUUGCUUCUACUUUCAAACUUUCAGAUGCCCUUGAAUUACUCCAUGCUGUUUUCUCCUUCUGAUAAGAAAAUAACGGUGGACAAGUGUGGUUUAAACACAGAUUUUCGAUCAUUAUUUGCUAAGUUCUGGAUUGCAGAACUAACCUCUCUUCUCUUGUUUCUCUUACGACUGUCAGGUGGUUCAACACAGGGAUGGAGUAGUGGAGGUGAAAAUGAAAAAACAGAAGUUUUCAGCAGCACCAGGGCAGGUAUGACGACUUCACCUUCUCAUGUACUUAACAUUGUGGAUGAAAUAUCUCGAUAACCUAACCCAAUCACUUUGGCGCGAGCCUUUACCUGACAAAACUGUCAAAAUCAAUCCUGAGAACGUAAUGUCAACCCUCUGCACUGUGUGGUACACGUUUGUUUCGAUUUUAGUUCCAAGAAUUUGUUGUUAUAUCAAAGAAUAUAUAUUUAUAAAUGAUAUGUAUCUUUCUUUUCGUCAACUUUCUGCCUAAAAAUAUAUUAAUCGACUUUUUUGAGAAGAUUCUCUUUCAUCACAAGUGGAAGAAAAAAGGUUAAGAGCUAAAUUGAAGCACAAGAAAUGAAAUUGCUGUUGAGAAUUAUACUCUGAAGAAAAGGGUAAUUUCCCAUUUGUCACCACCAAUUUAUCCUCUAGUAAAGACAAACACUGCUUUUAAUGCCUGCUUUACUCUAUAAGUUAUCAUAUUACUACUAAAAUAUUUUGCCGGUCUGGUUUUAGUACGUGUUCAUCAAAUGUGCAGAUGUAUCUAGGUUUGAGUGGCACCCCUUUACAUUGACUCAGGUGAGGUUCACUACCGCAGUAAUAGGGACCUUAAGCAGUCAGGACGGCAACGCCAGUGAAGACUUCAAUUAAAAAAUGAAUUUCUGCCGUUAAUUAGAAUUUCAAAAAUGGCUGAAUGUGUUCACCGUCUCAUACGGCGCCACACCUUAACUUCAGCAUAACGUAUAAAAGAAGCGUUGAGUCCCAAAUGGAAAUUAAAAUAAUUUGCCGUCGCGGUUUCGGUUUGCAGACGACGCAAUUUGUGGUGAUUUCACGUUGUUCAAAUUUUCAAACGCACGUGCUGAGCUAUUGUUUUGUUAAUUAAAUCUAUUGUUUUUCCAUGUCCUCGUUGCCGUCGUCGUCGUGGUUUGCUUAAGGUCCCUAAUUAUAAGGCAGCGGUAACGUGGGUCCCUGUGCCAAAAGGUCCCUCGGUACCAGAGCUUAUCCCGUUUACCUAAGCAUGAAGCGACCAGGAAUAUUCCCUCUGGAUGGGAUGUCAGUUCAUCACAGGUUGCCCCCUACUCCACCCUUCCUCCCCGUUUCCCUGACAACUCUCCUGUAUCGAUUUAUAAUCCUGGGUGGAUAAAGGCAUAGUGUAAGUAGAGUAUCUCGCCCAAGAGCAAGACAAAGUGACCCAACCAUAGCUCAAUCAAGAACUUCUUGACCCUGUUUGCAUUAAAAAGGAAGAAUGAACAAACUUGCAUAAUCAUUCUCUCUAGCUAUAGCUCGCGAGCAAGCUCUCAGAGUUUUGUUACGCCUAAGUGGCUGCUAGUGCGAUUCUUUUGUUUCUUGAAGGAACAUCUACUAUACAUCUACCAUACUGAACAUCUACUAUAAUGUUUUUUUUUUCUCGUAUGCAUAUGACUACGACGAUCUUACUACGACGAUCUUUCUUGAUUAAUCGCAGAAUCAAAUUCAAAUAGCAAGUACAACAAGGGCCAUAUUACAAGAAACCGCAAAUCAGAGUGCAUAUGUAUAUAACGUGCCCCUAGCGUGGGUCAAACUUCGAUUGGUUUUUGUAUCCAAUUGGUUAAGGGCUUAGUAAACUUUUUUCAGACUAACCUCAAAGAACAAAAAAUAGCUUAAUCCCAGAUUAUUUUCGACACGCAAUUGAAAGCUACUCUAUUGGAAACAGGAAGUCAUCAUAUAUCGAGUUUCUAAUUACAACUCAAAAGAUAUCGGAUCAAUGUCAGAAUCUGAACAACUGCGCACCUACCCCUCCCCUAACCCAAUUGAAAGUUGCUCUAUCGGAAACAGGAAGUCAUCAUAUACAGAGUUUAUAAUUACAACUCAAGAGAUAUCGGAUCAACGUCAGGAUCUGAACAACUGCGUACCUUCCCCUCCCCUAACCCAACAAAACCAACGAAUAACAAGUUAGGGUUAAUGCUGGGUUAGGGGAGAGGUGGAUGCGCAGCUGUUCAUAUACUGAUAUUGAUCCGAAGAAUCCAUGUUUGGGAGGGUUGUUUUUAUUUGAAGUGACCAAUGUCUUCUUACGCAGUGUCCUUCAUCAGAAGAUUCAUCAUUCUCCAUUCAUUUUAAGAUUUUGGGAGACUGGACCGGUAAGUCGUUCUUUGUUAAUGAACUUCUUUCCAGUUAGGUGAUAAUGCAUAUGUAGGUAGCUUAUUCAGAGGUGCUCGUGAUUUGCCCUUUUAUUCCUGCCAAAAAUAAUUUUAUGGUCUUGAAAUAAAGAAAAACAGCAACAAUAACAACAACAACCAAAGCACUUUGCUUAUAAGUCGCGUCUGUGAUUUUUUUUUCUUUUUUUUUUCCACUAUUAUGUUUACUGGGGUUCCAGGGAAUGGGUUGUCAAUUUUUUAGAGGAAUGGUUAGCUGGUGGGUUUACCUAGCAGGGAACCUAGGAUUCUAUUGUAUGCCCACCUACCUCAGGGCGAAUUUUGUAAAUAAAAAGUAAAAAUUAAAUAAAUUAAAAAUAGAAAUCGAGAGACGAUUUUUAUAAUACGAGAACCUGCGCAAGUGCUCAGAAAUUGUUUUCUUCCGUAGCUUUUGAAUUUUUUCUAAGCAAAAUAGAAAACAAUUCCUGGUUCAUAGAACAUUUUAAUUCAAUUUCAUAAAGGACAAUUUCAGUCAGUCGAGCAGACUGCUACAAACAUGCGGCAGCAACUUACAUUUGUGCAAGUUGAUGCAAACUGCCACAAACAUGCGGCAUCAACUUGCAUUUGUGCCUUCUCUCGUAAACGUCAAGGAUGAAGAAUUAUUAGAAAAAUCAGUUUUAGGUAGAACAAAGAUUGUUACAUUCAGGAACACAAAGCAAGGUAAAAACGGGUCAUACAUUCCGAGACAGAUUUAGACACUUCCUCGGAAGUAUGAAGAGGUAACUUUUGAGCUGCAGUUCGCUACAACAGCGCCUCCAUUACCCAUAGGAUGUUGAACAAUCAGAGAAAACAAAGUUUUCCAUUGCACAGAGAGAGAGAGAGAGAGAGAGAGAGAGAGAGAGAGAGAGAAGAGGGGGGGGGGGGGGGUGGAAGUGAGGGGAUCUGAAAGAAUCUGGCUGCUAUUCAAGCAUACUGCGAUCAGAACUAUUUUGUCUUUUCUUGUUGGUUAUCAUUAUUUACCUCACAUGACUACCAAUGAUCCAUUAUUAACUCCAGAAUCAUUUCCUUUUUAUGGUCUUGUCAGAGUUUAAAAAGAUAAAAGAGUAUUGAUUAGUUGUAUACUGAUUAAACGUUCCACGUUUUUUCCAGAGAAAUUUGCUGAUAGACUAUUAGCGGCGAAAUUUGAUGAUAACCAGAAAACCCUGGCUUCUGUAGAGCAAGAUGAAGAUUACCUUUGUUAUGUGAGGCAUUUUAUUAAGUAAGUGCACAAUUAGAGUCUCUGUGAUGAGUAUAUAGACAUAGGUGAUGUAGGAAAACGUGAAACUCUCAGCUUUGUUGGAUGCAAAUUACAGGAUUCAGGUCAAGAAAUGCGUUGAAAAUAUGUUUUUAACCAGUCCACAUGAAAGGCAGAGGAAAGGUUAUGUGGGGGCCCGAAGAAGAAAAUGUGUUGCAAGGAGUCACGUCAUAAUGUUGUAAUUCAUUUUGAAGGUGUGAAAGAAUUGACUUAAAAAUCUUAAAAAAAAAAUUUGCAAAGGUAGACAAGCACACAACAACUUUGAAUGAAAUAAUGAACUGAGAUGAUCUGUAGGCUAGCCCCAGUCUCCCUAAAGUAGAUGUUUGUACAGCUUUGACUGCUAUAGGUGAUGAUGCUAAAGUGUUUUUCUGUUAGGCACAAAGUGGGUAAGGGAUGAGGGCUUGGUAAUGUUAGUAUUUCAUAUAUUAAAUGUCAUAUCUUUUCUUAAAACAAGAAUUUCUGUGGAUGGCCCAUACGGAAGUCCAUGCACGGUAUGAUGAGUUGUUUCAUCUUUGCUUAGAAAUUUUUUUUUAUAUAUUGAAAAAUUAAUUUCAAUUUCAUUUAUAUAUAUAUAUAUAUAUAUUCAUUUAUUUACCUAGCUUGAUGCAUGACAAACAUACUUGAAAUUUUGACGCUGUUCCCAUCCAUGAAUCCGCUCAGUUACCCCUCUUCCCCAUUCCCCCUCUUCCCCUCAUCGUUCAAGUAGACGAAUCGCAUAUAUCGCAUUUUGUAAUAAUUCUAUAUCAACUAGUAUAAAUAGGAUGUUUGUCUUUCCAGGACGUUUGGCGGUACAACGUCAGUCUAUGCAUAGCGACCGGUAUCGGUGUGACGCCUUUCGCUGCUCUUAUCCAGGAGCUCAGGUGAAAAGUUAACACACUAGUUUAUUAAAGACAUCAUAACGAGUUGAGGAGACUGAUAAGGAAAACCGACAUUUUCCUUUGUAUACGUUGUUUUGUUUUUGGACCUGAUUGAGCAUUACGUUCGGCAGCGUUCUUAGCAUUUUGAAAAUUGUCAUUAAUUUAUUCGGUCUCAAUAUGUGAAUACAAUUUUGAAAGAUUGCAAAGGCCAGCGAGCUCCCAACACAUACUGCAGCAUCAAUUUUUUCCUUGGUGACUUUGAUGGUUUUCCUAAACAGUCACCCCUAAUAACCAUGAGGAUGAAGACUAGAUUGGUGGUGACGAGAUAUUAAAAACUCUCGAUCAGCGGGCGAUUUUGUAAUAACUGCAGAAGUUUUAGUCUUCAAACUCACGGAUUUUCCUGAGACUUCCUUAGACAAACAUAGCUUUGGAAGACCCUGGCCAUAAGGCUUCGCACUGCAGUGCAGCAGAUCUAACUUCUUCUGAUUCAUAAAGUGAUUAUACUGCCGUCUCCGAGUUUCAAUUGAAGAAAAGUUACAUAUCAGAUCAGUGUAAAAUCUGAUCACGAUGAAUAAAUUGAUUGGAUUUGUGUCUUUCGCAGAGAAAAGAUAAGAACAAGGAGGAAACUCAAACUGCACAGAUUGUAUUUUAUAUGGGUGUGUAAACACGUGCAGUCAUUCCUAUGGUUUUUGGAUCUUUUGCGUUCCACCUUCACUGAGGUAUUGACUUUCGAUGAUUCAUAUAUGUAUCACCUUUUUAAAACAGCCAACGUGCUUCGUGUUCCUUUUGUGUACGCUGAUAUAAGCUGUGCGGGUAAGCAGUAAACCCUAACCUAGGGAAUUUCUAUUUUGCACAAAACUUAAUCUAGAGCAUUGAAAAUAUCAUAAAACAGUUGGUCCACGCAAAGCUGUGCAUUAAUCGCUUUACGGAACAAUUGGAAAGUGUGGGGAGCACACAAGAAGCUAGAAUUGUUAUCAACAAUCCCUUGCGCAUUUUUCAUGGCUCCAAAUUUUGUGUGCUUCAUAUCUCGCAGAUCACUAGCUGACGCAUGAACCAAAUGCAGUUAAUGCCGGUGUACGGUGUAUGCGUCUUCUGUCCGGCGCGAUGGAAAGCCAUGAUCAUUUGCGAGAGACAUCUCCGCUUAGUCGAGCAGUUAUGCCCCUGAAAUACAAAUCAUGCGCAUUACGCCUUCACUUUUCGAGAACUAACGGGGAUUUAAUAAGCUACGUUCGACCGAUCUCAAUCCUUGAGGGAAGGUUACGUUUAUGACUUGCGAGCGGGAAACGAGGACUUCUUCGUUUCCAGACCACGAGGGAUUAAGGGAAUGCAACCACUGGGAAUAAGAUCGACCUUCGACAUGAUUGUACUAAGCCAGGAACACUGGGUCGUGUACAUCAAAGUCGAUGAGAACUACAAGUCAAAACAUGCCAACUGCCUGAUCGAGGCUUAAAUGACAACGAAAUAAUACUUCAUUCUAUUUUUCUUCAGCUUUGGGAGAGCAACAGACCGGAUUUCCUUAUAUGUAACUUUUACGUUACAUGUUCACAGUCUGAGGAUCAGGUAAUGUGUAUAUUAGAGAACACAAUUCACGUUUUGCGUCAGUGUCUUCAUCUUUUCUCAAUCGAGGAGCUAGUUACUUGUUGCAGGUGUACCCUUAGGUAUACCCACCCCCACCCCCCCAUCUCAGGACCGCGAGGUUUUAGUCACGAGAAACACGAUUGUAAAACUUUCGAUAAUUGAUGUCCCUCUGAUAUAUGUGUGGUUUCGGUCUUGAACAAACACAAUGACAGUUUACGAUACAGGAGACAAAAGUGUUCUGAGCCACCUUUUUUUAACUUUAAAAUUUCUAAAAAUGAGGUUAUUUGAAACUCGAAAAUCGUCUCAUAACUUAGACCGGUUAAAGCAGUGGCAAGCAGAUUUCUAUCAUGCAGCAUUUGUGUGUUAAUGUCAUUUUUAUUAGAUUAACAUGACUCAUCAAGACAAAUGGCUCACAGGCAGAUUGCACAAAUGUAAACCUUCUUGGAAAGCGCUGUUUGACCGAGUCAGCCGAGAAAAUCCGAGGUAAACUGACAUAAUGUAAAUCUCCAAAUUAGCACAUCCCCUAGAAUAAGCGCCCCUCCUUUUCUCCGAUUUUUAUGGACGAGUACUGAGACAACAACGUAUGUGUAGUACUGGUUGUGUUCAAUAAUUGACCAGGCGUUAUUUGUUGCUGAGGGGGGAGGGAGGAUAGGGGAUUUUUGGGGCAUCACACAGUUUCAGGGGUAACGGGAGGGGGAGAUCAGUCGUCGCCAACAAAGUAAAAAUGGGGGACUAUAGGAAAUAAUACGGGGGGGGGAAAUAUAAGAAUACUACAGGGCCUUAGGAGAGGUCAGGUAAAUUUUGUCGUAACACAACCAAAAUCAUCAAACCCCCCUUCCCCUCCCCAGGCGAUAAAUAAUGAUCGGUCUCUUCAUUACAACCAGAAACUUAAACCUUAAUUUUUCAGCUUAUGAACACGGUAAUGUUGGAAAAUUUCCAAGAGUUCCAACUGAGCCCUCAUUGAUUUGGGUCAGCUCUGUUUACUUCUUUUGUUGCUUUCGGGCGGAUUUUUUUUUAUGGCGAAAAACGGUCAAAACCCAAUAUCUCUUCACGAUUUGCGUGAAAAAUUUGAAUAAGCGCGUCCUCGAUUGUGCUGUUAGUACAAUAGUGCAGUUAGUACAAUAGUGGAGUUAGUGCAAUAGUAGAGCUAGUACAAUAGUACAGUAAAAACGAUAGAGGUUUGGGUCUGUUUGCGUAAUGAACCUGGCCCAAACUUUCCUUGAUUUUUCGCUGCGCCGCUACUGCCGCGCUGUUUUACAAACUGAAAGCAUGGAACAAGCUACCUCCUCGAAAAUGCAAACGAAUCGAAGUCACCACGAGUUUGAGGCGGCUUGUGGGAAAGACGUCACUGUUAAUCCAGGAUUUAAACUUUCCCCAUUGAUGAGCGUCCAUUAAGGCCCUUGUUCUGGUGUUUUUUUUUCCCUGGCUGGCAGGAAAACCCAAGCCGGGAAACCAAAAUACACGAUAAGUUUAUUUGCCAGGGUACAAAACUGACUCAACAGAUCACAUAAAGCCAAGUAAUCUAGACAGAUUCCAAGUAGUUAAUGAGCUCGCACUUUUAAAGGGUUAAGUGUAAAUGUGUCACAAAAGACCCUUAGGCUAAGGAUCUGUUGCUAAAUGAUCCUUGAAUAUCUGAUUGCUUCUUUAUCCUUCCUUUUUUGAAUUUUAUUUCCAGGACCAGAGUUGGUUUAUUUUAUUGUGGAAGUCGAAAAGUUACAUCGAUAUUGAAAAAGCGAAGCAAGCAGUUUUACCCGACUGGAACGAGAUUUAUCUUUAACAAAGAAAUUCUAACAUAGGAUAUUCUAAUAUACUACAGG